UAUCUGAAGCUCAAUUGUUCGCGCGACGAAAUGCCAAGGCACACCCUUGUCCGACGCUAGCGCGGGGAAAGCGCGAUUUCCCACAGCUACAAAAAGCUGUUCACCCCCAACCUUCACCUUCUGAUUCUGCUUUCACCAAGCCGGCGACCGCCGUGCCUUUCAUUCCUUUACACCGAAUGAAAUCGAGUGAGUUAUUGGCACUUGUUCUACCUAUUCGUUGCAAAGAGGACGUCCUCGGCGGUGGCAGUCGACCAGAUGUCUUCCCAACCCUAUACCGAAACCGCCGCGAAGCAAAUCCGGGAGCUUUCAGCCAUCAAUGAGCAGCUCCCUGAACUCCUUCGCAAGACCGCCUCCACUCUAUCUCUCUUGACUCAACAUCCUGUCCAGACUCCUGGCACUUCUCUGUCCACCCUCUCUACCCAACAAGGCCGCAAAGAUCUCCUCCAGACUAGCACUCACGAGCUGUUCAUCCAGAUCAAUACCAUCCGCACUACCCUGAAAACCCAGGUCACUGAUCUUGAAAAAGAGAAAGUAGUUCCUUCAGAGGCGCCUAGAUUCAUUGCGGCGGUGCGGAUAGAAGGUCAGAGCGAUGAAGAUCGGGAGAGGGAAAGGCUGAAGGACAGCGAAAGUCACGUCACAAACGGAGGAUUGGGCAGCCUAGACGUAGGUGUGCUUAAUGCCAACGUGCGCAGUGGUAGAGGCGCUCGAGGUGAUGAAGAACUGCUGGAGAGAAUUGAAAAGAUCGUGAGCAAUCUGAAGCAGGGGGCUGGCUUCGAGACCCAUAGGGAUCACGAUGAAGAAAUGGUUGAUGGCUGAGCACAUGCACUACUCACCCUAUCCAGCCUCCCAUCGCAACAUGAGCGUCGAGAUCACGCUGCGAGAUCUGCUGUCUUUGACAGAAUCCAAGACUACUCAUCCUCCACAGAGGUUCGAUCACCCCUCGAGGAAGCAAUCGAAAGAACGAUUAUGCUCUGGGUGGCUACCCACUUGCAUAUUACUCGGGAAAUGUCCUGAAGGGCUUUUGACUUGAUCGUGCAGAUAGCUUAUCUGAAUGCUAGCAGACAUGAUCUUAAAGGUAUGCAUAUCUCAUUCUUUCUCCUUCACACACACACAACAUGAUGAGACACAAAACAUUCGAUUAGUCUUUAAGACAUCCCAUAUGGUUACAAACGUCAUACUAUGCUCUUUCUGAACCCUUCUCCAUACAACCUUUUCUCUUGGAACAUCCCAAUUAUUCAAAGUACUGAUCGACUAUUAGGCAGUAACAACAAAAC